GACAGUAGACGAACCAAUAAAACAAGAAGACUAAUUGACAUCCUCGAAUAUUCGAAAAAUCUGGAAAUUUUUGUAAAUUCUUUAAAUUUCUAAAUUAAUCUAGUGAUUCACAGGAUGUGUGCACUUUUUUCGCUUUCAAAGUCCAACGUGAUUCGACAGCAAUGCUGCUCCUUCGGCAGGAUGAGGGGAUUUUUCGUCCCCGUGUCCCAAAGGAAUUUGUCCACUGCUACUAUACAGUGCAAGGAGCAACCGAACAAACAUGAAGGGAUUAUAUCUAAAUUGAAAAAAAUUUUCCGUAAAACUGGAAUACAAUUUCAAGAUGCGGAGUCAGGCUCUGCGCUUCACCCCAAACUUAAGAAACAAAAGAACGAAAAUCGAAUCUCUCGAAAAAUGUCUAACCACCAAAUUUUAAAUAAUAACUUUCUUGCAAAAUAUUACCAUUCACACCUAAAAUACAUGCGUCUGGACAAAAUAAUCGCCAAUUACAAACUGGAAUCCGCUACUCUACACAGGACAAACAGUCUUCUCUCUUUGGGUUCAAUCCGUGGAAUCAUGGGAUUAGCUUCCUACAAUUCAAAACCACCAAUUAGGGAGCCACACAUACCAGAACAACGCGAGAAAAAAGAGGAUAAGAAAGAAAAGGAAAAAAAGAAACCUGUCAUCCGUGUUGAUGAGAAAGCUACCUUGGAUUUGGACAAAAACCUCAAUCUCGGGGGACUCGAAGGAAAUAACCAUCGUUAUAAAUGGGGAAUAAAGUUGGCAGAAGAUUCUUCAGCAGAGAAAACACCUGAACCUCUGCCAAGAUAUGUUACAAAAAAUAUUUGGGGUGUCAAAGUAACAAAGCUUGUAUCAGAAACUGACAACGUUUUCCAAACAAAAGAAGCUGUUCAAAAUCAAGACUCUGUUCAAAUUGCAGAAGCUAAAACGAUGAAAAAAAUCAAAACAGAAGAAGUUCCGAACAGAUUUGAGGUAUCUAAUGAAUCUAAAAAUCCAGAAUCAUCAGGGAAUGUCAAGGAUCUGGGUACAAAGAAACAAGAAACUGGAGUAUUGAUAGAGAAAUAUAAUAUCCUAACGGCAGAAAACAGAACUGAUUCUAAAACUAGUUUGGAAGUGCCUAACUUUGAAUCAUUAAAAGACAAUCUGUAUGUACCGACAACAAACGCGGAUGAGAACAUACUUAAUGAGAAUCAACAGAAAUCAUUAGAUGUUAAAUUAUCAGCUCCUGUACAAGAUUCUGCAGAAGGUGUUAAGUUAUCAGCUCCUUUGGAAAGCGUUGCCGAAGCUGAGUUCAAUAUUCCUAAAGACCUUCCAUUUGAUGGAGAAAUCUUUGCCUGGAAAGAAGCUGUGGAAAAGUCAAAACCCUCGAUUGCUGAAAUAGUGAAGUCAGCCGAACCCGAAAUAGUGCAUUACGAUUUGGAUAACAUAUUUAUUCGUCCUGAAGCCCCAGAACCCAAACUCGAUGUUCAAGCAGUUAGUUCUAUUGAUCAUGCAUAUGAAAAUGAGGAAAAUCAGGAAGCAUCGAGUUACAAAGGAAUCAAGUCAUUAAGGGAAUCAAAAUCAGUUGGAUACACCUCAAAAAAGAAGAUACAUACUGGUGGCUAUCAACAUUUUAGUUCUCAAAGAGGUGAUACUGAUUCUCUUAGUUUCCGAAAGGAUGUGGUUGGCAAAGCUAUUUUGUUCUCUGGUCUUGAAAGUACUAAUUCUUUUAUCAAAGAUAGAAAGAAACAGGAAGAAAAUUUACUGGAGCCUUUCCUUAUUAAAGGCCUGUUAAGCGUAGGAGGUAUAUCUGCAGAAUUUAAAUCAGAAGAUAAAUUGAAAGAAGCUUCUAAUCAGAUUGAAGCUGCAAUAGAAAUGAAAAAUCCUCUUCUACCUACCAAAGCUGUUACUCUCACAAGAAUUCACUCUGACAUGUCUUAUUAUGAUGCUGAAAUAGCUAGAGAAGUAGAUGAAAUUUAUGGACGCGAGAUAGAUAUUGCUCUAUCUUCUCCAAAUGCAAUUGGAGAAAAUAUUAUGGAUGCUCAUUUGCCAACAGAAAUCAUGAUUUCAGUGGUACCAUCUUCAGAGAAUAAGGAAGGCGGAAUUGACUGGAUGCCACUGCUUUGCACGAGCAACUCUGAUGAUAACCCAGGUUCUUAUUCGAGUCACAACUUCUUUGGAAGUGGAUCUUCUGAUGGUUCCUCUGGAUCUAGAGGUCGAAAGAAAAGAGGCUAUUUUCUAAAUUCUCAGGAUGACGAUGAUGAACUAGUCGAUAAAUAUCUCUUUGAAGGGGAUUACGUCAGAGUACGUGGUGAUCCGUAUCCAUAUAGCCGAGAACAUUUCAAUAAAUGGCGAGUUCCACGACACAAUUCUCCUCCACCAAACGUCUUGAUGGAAAAUCCUCGCAAAAAUUUAGAAAAUCAGUAUAAUAAUGAUUUCGUUAUCGACGAGAAACUUAGGGGUUAUGAUCAAUACUCUUCAUAUGAAGAAACUGAGAUAAACGAAGAAGAAAUAGUAUCAACUGAUGGAGAAAUGGAAACAGAAAAAGCGAGACAAUAUUAUAAUUGGAGUAAGAAAAUGGCUGGUGAAAGAGAAGGUUAUGAAGAAGAGAUAGAUAGUGAUCGUGAAAUGACUAAUCAGACAGGAAUUGUUAGUGAUAACGAAAGAGUUGAGGCAAAAAUGGCUAAAAAUUCAGGAAAUUUACAAUCUAGAAGUUUGGAAUUAGCUGAAAAUUCAUACAUAAAUAGAAAUACAGAACUUAUGAAAACUAACGAAGUGGAGGACAAUGGGGUGGUAGAAAUUAGUAGAAAUACAUCAUCUCUGGAUGCAAAUUUGACGGAUUCAGAAAUUUCGAAAACAGCUUCUGGACCACAGAAGAAAAUUCCGUACAGACAAUCCAGACCGAUAGAAAAUGAUGAAUGUUUGGAAGUUCGAGGGAUGGAUGUCUCCAAGGAAAAGGGUGUCUUUAAUAAUGAACUGACGAAUUCGAAAGGACUAUUCGUGAGAUCGAGUCUCGAUGAACAUUUGAUCCCAGCUUGUCUAAGAAGCAAUGUUCAUGAGAAGAAAAUUAGCAAACAGACUGAUGAAGAUCAAAACUGAAUCAGAGGACUUCCCAGCUUUCGAAUUCAAAUUUUGAGUUAUUGAUAAACAAAAUGGCAACAUUAAAAAAGAAAGUGUUCAAAACCAACUUGAUGAACAUCCAUGGUCAAUGCCAUUUAAGAAAAAUUGGCCGGACAAAUCAAAGAAGGCGACUCCUACAGAACGA